AUGAAGGUAGCUCGGCCGGGGUGUGUGUGGGACGGCGAGCGAGAGCCCCUGCAUGAGAGGGAGCAGAGGGCCCUGGAGAGGGAGUGGGAGCAGGUGACGCAGGCGUGGAGGACAGAGGAGAGGGAUGAGGAGGAGGAGGAGGAGGAGGAGGAGGAGGAGGAGGAGGAAGAGGAGGAGGAGGCAUCCAGCACGGACGGGAGGGAGGAGGAGGAGGAGGAGGAGGAGGAGGAGGAGGAGGAGGAGGAGGAGGAGGAGGAGGAGGAGGAGGAAGAGGAGGAGGAGGAGGAGGAGGUGAGGACAUCAAUGACAGAGGGGAGGGAGGAGGAGGAAGAGGAGGAGGCAUCAAUGAUAGAGGGGAGGGAUGAGGAGGAGGAGGAGGAGGAGGAGGAUGAAGAGGAGGAGGAGGUGAGGACAUCAAUGACGGAGGAGAGGGAUGAGGAGGAGGAGGAGGAGGAAAAUGAGGAGAAGGAGGAGGAGGAGGAGGAGGAGGAGGCAUCAAUGACAGAGGGGAGGGAUGAGAAGGAGGAGGAGGCAUCAAUGACAGAGGGGAGGGAUGAGGAGGAGGAGGAGGAGGAGGCAUCAAUGACAGAAGGGAGGGAUGAGGAGGAAGAGGAGGAGGAGGAGGGGAGGGAUGAGGAGGAGGAGGAGGAGGAGGAGGAGGAGAAGAAGGAAGAGGACGAGGACGAGGAGGAAGAGGCAUCAAUGACAGAGGGGAGGGAUGAGGAGGAGGAGGAGGAGGAGGAGGAGGAGGAG